AUGUCGUCAACUUUAGCAUCGCCGUCAACAACAAAAUCCCAAAGGGACAUAACCACAGCGACAACUUCGGAUUGUAAUGAUGAAGGGUUCGAAAGUACUGAAGAGCACUAUGUGGAAGACAGUUUUUCAACGUCAACUUCAAAGUCUAAUAAUAUAAAUGAUGACGCUAAUACGAGUAAUAAUCAGACUCGAACGUCUAAAAAUUAUCCUUUAACUUCAACUACUAACCAUACGAUGAUUUCGAACGUUGAAGUAAAUAGUAAUCAUGAUAGUCAAAUCAAAAACAACACAAUAAUGUCAUCAAUGAAUACGCCACAGAUUUCCACGCCUAAUAAUCUACGUUCUCGUCCACAACUACCUAACAUAAUCACAGCGUUACCCCAUAACCAAUUUUACCAAAAUGAUCCAUCACUUGAAGGACAUGCCACUCAAAAAAUGCCACAAAGACAUUUAUCUGAUCCAGUGAUUCUUCAACAAUCACCAUUUCCAAUCUCACAAAGACAUUUAUCUGAUCCAAUGGUUCUUCAACAAUCACCAUUUCCAAUGUCACAAAUAUUGCAACAGAGAUCGAAUUCAAUCCCAUCAGCAAUACCAGCUACUCAGCCAGUAUAUAUUCUACAAUCACCAAUACAGCUAGUGCCAUUAACAAAUCAAAUUUAUUCUCCGCCUACAAAGAUCGAUCGCAUAAAGGAUCCAAAUGGGAAACUGAUUUCUUCCGAGAAAAAUACACAAAAAAUUACAAAGAAAAUUUUAAAAAAUCCAAAUUCUCCUAUUGCUCAACAGAUUGGAACAUCGCCUCCUAUGUCACCAUCAUUACAAGGAAUCCCACAAUCGCCAAUAUCGCCAGUGAUGGCACGUUACUCUGUAAUUCAACAAAUUCCAGCUCAUCCUCAACCUCUACAUCCCCAAACGCCAGGAAUCAAUUAUCCAUUAUUCUUAAACAAUAAUACAUCACCACCAGUACCUAUCGUCAAAAAAGAAGGUCUACCAUCUACAUCUACGCCAGCAAACAAAGAUAAGAAGGACGAUGAAUCUGGACAAGAAACUGAACAAGAAUCUGGUCCAUCACCUAUGGAAAAGCCAAGAUGGCAUCAAAGAUUAUCUUGGAUUAUAAUCUGUUUCCUGAAUCUGGUGAACUUGGUUGCUUCAAUGAUUCUACUAUAUAUUUAUUUUACGAAUCCAUCCUUAAAAACGCAAUUUUCUCGAUAUGCAUUUCUUUGCUUAUUUUUGAUUGAGCUCGGAGCACGAAUAAUAAUUACCUAUCGGAUACAUAAUAAAUUUACCAAAAAUGAAUUAACCCCCACAGACGUUAUUUGCUGUACAUUAUUCAAAAAAGAAUUUUUUUUGCUAGUAGGCAAAACAAACUUGAAGCCCUCGCAAAUACGUAAUCUAAGCAACCUUGGCGACUACACGUGUUUCUUUCACAUUAUAUUUUUCGUGUACGCAUUUAUAACAAAUUACGGACAUAGCAACGACGACAACUCUGAACCAAAAGUUCCGUUUCUGGUUAAUGAUUUAAUCACUAUUUUGAGUUAUGUCUUGCUUAGUGUUGUAUGCCUGUUGGCAUUACGAUUGUUUCUUCAGCCGAUAUUUUCGAUAUUCACUAAAUGUGGUGUUAAUAAUGCAGAUGUUAAUAAUGCGGAGACGAUGACUGCUGCUUGA